GAGGGCGCGCGGGCGAGGAGCGCGGCGCGGGGGGACGCGAAAGCAGAAUUACCUGUAGCUCUUGUUCUGCCAUCGCGGGCGCGCUCACCUGCACAGACCUGAAAGUCCAGUUUCUCCAGAGGCUGAGGCUCCAGGAAAGGGGAGCGAGUUCAUUGGAUCAAACAUGUCACAAGAGUCGGACAACAAUAAAAGACUCGUGGCCUUAGUGCCGAUGCCCAGCGACCCUCCGUUCAACACCCGAAGGGCGUACACCAGCGAGGAUGAAGCCUGGAAGUCCUACUUGGAGAACCCUCUGACGGCGGCCACCAAGGCCAUGAUGAGCAUCAACGGAGACGAGGACAGUGCUGCCGCCCUUGGCCUGCUCUACGACUACUACAAGGUUCCUCGAGACAAGAGGCUGCUGUCUGUAAGCAAAGCAAGCGAGAGCCAAGAAGACCAGGAUAAAAGGGGCUGCGUGGGCGCCAGCGAGCCUGUGGGCGGUGCGGGCGUGGAGAGCCGCGUGCAGGUGCUAAAGACGGUGCCCGUGAACCUGAGCCUCAGCCAGGAGCCUGUGGACAGCAAGCGCGAGCCUUUCGCGGCCGAGGGCGCCGCCGUCAUCCCGGUGUCUGGCAUCGCUGUGGUCAAGGCUGAGGAUUUCACGCCUGUCUUCAUGGCGCCGCCCGGCCACUACCCACGCGGGGACGGUGACGACCAGCGCGUGGUCAUCUUUGAGCAGGCGCAGUACGACCUCCCCGCGCUGGCUGCGCACGGCGCCUACCUGAAGGACGACCAGCGCAGCACACCCGACAGCACCUACAGCGAGGGCUUCAAGGACGGCGCCACCGAGAAAUUUCGGAGUGCGUCCGUUGGGGCUGAGGAGUACAUGUACGACCAGACAUCAAGUGGCACAUUUCAGUAUACCCUGGAAGCCACCAAAUCUCUCCGCCAGAAGCAGGGGGAGGGCCCCAUGACCUACCUCAACAAAGGACAAUUCUAUGCCAUCACACUCAGUGAAACCGGUGACAACAAGUGCUUCCGACACCCCAUCAGCAAAGUCAGGAGUGUGGUGAUGGUGGUCUUCAGUGAAGACAAAAACCGGGACGAGCAGCUGAAAUACUGGAAGUACUGGCACUCACGGCAGCACACAGCCAAGCAGAGAGUCCUUGACAUUGCUGACUACAAGGAGAGCUUCAACACGAUAGGAAACAUCGAAGAGAUUGCGUACAAUGCUGUCUCCUUCACCUGGGACGUGAACGAGGAGGCCAAGAUUUUCAUCACCGUGAAUUGUCUGAGCACAGAUUUCUCCUCCCAAAAAGGGGUGAAAGGACUUCCUUUGAUGAUUCAGAUUGAUACCUACAGUUAUAAUAAUCGCAGCAAUAAACCCAUUCAUAGGGCGUAUUGCCAGAUCAAGGUCUUCUGUGAUAAAGGUGCAGAAAGAAAAAUCCGAGAUGAGGAGAGGAAGCAGAACAGGAAGAAAGGGAAAGGCCAAGCCCCUCCAGCCCCGUGUAACAACUCCUCUGAUGGGAAGUUGGCCGCCAUACCUUUACAGAAGAAGAGCGACAUCACCUACUUCAAGACCAUGCCCGACCUGCACUCGCAGCCCGUGCUCUUUAUCCCUGACGUUCACUUUGCAAACCUGCAAAGGACCGGACAGGUGUACUACAACACGGAUGAUGAACGAGAAGGCAGCGUCCUGGUUAAACGGAUGUUCAGGCCCAUGGAGGAGGAGUUUGGCCCAGCACCUGCUAAGCAGAUGAAAGAAGAAGGCGUAAAGCGAGUGCUGCUGUACGUGAGGAAGGAGACCGACGAUGUGUUCGACGCGCUGAUGCUGAAGUCCCCCACGGUCAAGGGCCUGAUGGAAGCGAUCUCCGAGAAGUACGGGCUGCCCGUGGAGAAGAUCGCCAAGCUUUACAAGAAAAGCAAAAAGGGCAUCCUGGUGAACAUGGAUGACAACAUCAUCGAGCACUACUCCAACGAGGACACCUUCAUCCUCAGCAUGGAGAGCGUGGUGGAGGGCUUCAAGGUUACGCUCAUGGAGAUCUGAGGCCAGCUCGGCAUCCUGCAGGAGCCCUCCGGCUCCCCCAGAGAGAAGGCCCAGCCCGGCCCGGCAGAGCCGCCUCACUGUCAUCUCAACUGCUGUUACACACCGCAACUGAGCUGGGACUCACACCAGCCCCGCGGCUCCCCAGUCCUUAUUUAUUGCCACCUACUCCAGAGCCGGGGCAGCCCGCAGGUUCUGUGGGAAAGGCCAGAGUCCUGCUCAGGGAAGACAGCCAGUCCCCGAGUCCCCGAGCCGGAAACUUGUCGCUCCCUCUCUCCCGCCUCUGCGGCUCCUGAUGCCUGACCAAGUAGCUGCGUUUGGAGCAGGGUCCCAGGUGGAUGCCUUCCACCCUCACACAGACUUGCAGCUGGCUUAGGGGUGCAGUCUCGCUAAUCCCCUGCAGCGAGCGGCUGCUAGGCCUUAUCCAGGGAGAUGCUGCUCUCCUGGAACUGGGGAGGCGCUUGAGGCCUCGCCCGGUCUGUACAUAGUGUGUGUAAAUGGCUGUAAUAUAGCUCCUUAGCACUGGCCCGCAGGCACCUCCCUGGGGACCCGGCCCAGGGACUGUGACGGAGCCAGGACAUACUCCCCUGUGGGGGCAUCUGGCUACCCCACGCAGGAACCACCUCCAGUUCAGGCUGGGGUGCUGUGCAGUAGGCCCACCACAAGGCCUGCAGGCUGUCCUGGGCACUGUGUGUCCUUGUGCUGUGCCUGGCUUCUUCCUGUGCCAGAGACAGCAGAGGGCAGCUGCCUGACACUAGUCCUGGGGAGCUGGGAGGCAGGCUGCCAGAACAGGAGAGCACUGGGACAGAACACUCCUGAGACUCAGUGUGCACCCUGUGGGCUGAGCCCUGCAAUUCUGUGGUCGCCAGACACAUCUCACUCUGCACGCCAUCCAAGGACAGCUCUGUGGAGGGCCCAGAUGUGUUUGUAAAGCACUUCGGCUCCUCUGGCACCCUCACAGCUUGGACUCCGCCCUCCCCACCAUGCACCCCAGGCCCAGAGUGAGCCUGGCUACCACCCGCCCUGCCAGCCCAGCCGGGACCUCCAGGCUGUGACGGAGCCUGUGCUGCUGGUGCCUGAGAGGCCUCUGUUCCCGUCACCUCUGUCAUGGUGCUGCAGGUCUGCCACCUGGGCUCAGCUGUCUUCCAGCUGUCACCUCAGACCAGCGACUCGGGGCUAUCUCAGGGACACAUUCAGUCAGGAAUUCACAGAAGCCUGUACUUCCCUCCCAUCUCUGGGGGUAACCCCGGUCAGAUGGGAUCCAAGUCCCUGAGCCGGGGCUGGGACUCGAGGGUUGGGAAGGACCACGUGCAUGGCUCUGGGCAUGGGCCAUGGGCCUGGAAGAAUCCAGUCCCUCUUAGAAACUGUUCGCCCUGAGGAGAGGACGACUGAGAGACGCUUUCGCCUCUGUCCCAAGUGUCCAAGCAGUCACUAUGGUGACCAUCACCAGAACAAAGGUGACAAUACUGGCACCACCCAGCGGUGGUGGAGUGUCACCCAUCCUGUCCAUCCCGUCCUAAUCCUGAGUGCCCACCGCUAGCUUCGGUGCCUCCUUCCCUGUGCAAGUGAGCAGCGCUGUGAUCAAAACUCCCAAGAAACACUCCAGACAGACGGGGGACCUGUGCCGCUGCUCUGUCCUUAGUCACCCCAGAGGCGUGAGGAAGCCUGUCGUUUUGGGACUCCAGAGGGUGGGGAUGUGCGGGGCAGUGCUUUCUUGUGCACCCGCAGCGCUCCAGCUUCCCGAGCGAGCGCUGGGGACUGGACCGCGAGCCGCACCUCGGAGCUGAGGGUGCCAAGCAUGAAUGAGUCACGCCUUUAUUUUCCUCCUUAUUUAAAAUUAUGAAAAAGCAACAGAUACAGAGGGUUUGUGCCAAAUUCUCAGAAUGGCCCUUUCUUACAAACAUUUGCGAGAGACUUGUGUCUAUACAGUUUGCUCUCACAUUAAAAAGAGAAAGGAAAAUGUAACUUAAUAGUUUUGUAAAUGGGAGAGGGAAAUCUAUAAACUAUAAAUACAGUUAUUUUAUUUUUUGUAUAUUUUUAAGAAGAAAAUAAAUAUGUGUAACACAAAGA